AAUCUGCCUGCGCUGCGACAAUGGCUUGGCGCGGUUCUCUUUCCCGAUCGCUCAUGUCCACCGCUAGGGCUUCCGCUUCCCGUUCAUCGCCUCCGCUUCGUCCUCCUCCCGUUUCUUCCUCUCGCCUCAACUCACGACGCCUCUCCUUUUCCAAUCCCAGUACAUUGGGGGAGCUGGGAUGCGCCCAAUCACUAUUGUCACUGCAUACAACAGUGGCAGGAACACGGUUGACGUCUCGUCUGGCUGAUAAUGUCCGAGCUUUCUGUGAGCUGUCCCAUGGUACCCUCUGCCAUUCUUGUCAGGAUCGCUAAUAGUUUCUUUGUACCUGAAAAUAUUUGGACCAGAAGAGCCGGUGCUCAAAUCUCGGACUUGGUUAAUAGGUGGUUCUGCAGGAAUUCCCUUUGGGGAAUAUUGAAAUUAAAUUAACAAUAAGCUUCUUCAUGUUUACUCUAGACUAUUUCAGGUAGAGUCUAAAUUUAAGACAGUUUGGGCAACUGAAUACUUGUGUAGUAGUACUUGAAGUUGCCCCCACUCACAAUUUAAUUCAUAAUAGUGGUGCUGUCGGGCCGUAACCGUCGGUUUUGGUUCCACAUAACUGGUCCUACAAGGGUUUCGGAAGUUCUUGUUUUGAACCGAAACAUUCAAUUCUAGUUAGGUUUUUUCUUUUUUAAGUGGUUGUCCUAUUGCAGACUUAUUACUUGCGGUUCUAGACCCGGUUAAAAAAAAUCAACGGUUUUUUCUUUUAUAAGCAGUUGUCCUAUUAUAGACUUUUUUUUCCCUUUUUUAAAGAAUCUAUAAUGGUUCUCUAUUUA